AUGGAGUUAACGCCUAUGGGCAUAUUUACAGCAUGGCUAGGAGCGUUUUCUAUAUCUUUUACAUUGAUGCCUCUUAUGAUGGUGCUUGAUUGGCGUAGGCGAGGUACAGCUGAUGGUUUCUCUUCUGUAAAUUUCGUUUUGCCUAUGCUUAUGACCUCCUGCUGGCUUCGACACGGUUAUAUGACCAAUGAUAGCACUAACAUCACUAUCAACACAAUCAACAUCGCCUUCUUUAUUUUUUACAUCCUUUGUUUUGCUUACUAUCAGCCUAAAAGGAAAUACCUCUACCUCCAACUGUUAGCAUGUGGUCUUGCAGUAAAACUGCUCUUUAUGUAUGUCGACAUGCAAAACAAGGACAUCGCACCCGAUGUGAUGGGCUCAAUCGCAGCUGCUACACAAAUUGCUAGCUUGGCUGGUGGAUGUUAUGAAAUUAAACGAGCCAUCACAUUCGGACACACGGAGUAUUUACCAGCUACAUUCCAAUUUGCAAUGUUUGCCCUAAUUGUGCAAUGGCUUGCAUUUGGAAUAUUGACUGGAAAUCAGUAUAUAGCGAUCGCCAACGCUGCAGCUCUUUGUGUGAACCUAGCUACGAUUGCCUUAUACUUCAUCUACCCUCCACUCACCUGGCGUGUACCAAUCAUAGGAACUGGUCCACAACAGAAGAAAGAAUUGUAAAAAGCUCCUCUUUUGUAUGCAUUCGCGCUUGCCAUUUCAUAUACUUACAAUCAUUCAUGUUGUUCAUGAUCUUGCCUGUACGUUUUUG